GCUUUGGCUCGUAACUCAAUCUUCAUGCUCGAUCCAAUGGUUUUUGGUAGAGGGAGGAUGUUUUAGGGGGCCAAGUUCUCCAAAUACUCCACAAUUUAUGAUAUAAAUGGAGACCAAGCUGAAGGCAGUUCUAUAGUAUUUCUUUUUAGGGGAGAGUUUCUCCCUAAACGUGUUAACUAGAGCAACAUGUCGGCUCCAGGCGGCGACAAGCAAAGCAAAGCCAAGAGUAAAAAGUCCUCUUCAAUGAAAGGCACUAAACCACCUAAAGGAAAGGAAGCAGUUAUCAAUGUCGAGAAGUUUAGGGGAGAUGGUGUGAGCUUCAAAUGCAAACUUCUGGGGAUAUCAGAAGUCACUGGACCAAGGGGAGACAACAUGUGCAUAGAGGCUAUUAAGAAAUUAAAGCACCAUAUCAAGCAGACAGGUGAACACAAGCAAAAGAUCAUUCUCAAUGUAACGCUCAGAGGGAUCCGUAUUAUUGAUGAAAAGUCCAAGAAUAUAGUUUUUGAACACCCUGUCAACAAGAUUUCAUUUAUCACUCAUGAUACUGAUGACAAGAAGAUCUUUGGUUACAUUUGUAGUGCACGCUGCAAGACAGGUCACAUGAUGUAUGCAAUUAAGUAUGACAAAGUGGCUGGCGUAAUAACUGCAACUCUAUAUGAGCUCUUCCAAGCUGUAUUCAAAUUAAGACAAGAUGCAGUUAACCAGAAAAAAGAACAAGCCAACAAUCAAUCAAAUGCUAAAGCAAACAAUGUUGCUGUUCCUAAUGGUCAAAGUACAGCCAGUCCUGUGGAUGAAAAUAUCAUUUAUGAGGAACCAAAAGCAAUGCCAAGUCCAGUGAAAAUGCAGUCAGAAAAUAAUACUUCUGAUGCUGGACAUUAUAAGGUGCCUCCAUCACGUCCUCUUCCACCAGCUCCAUAUGCGUCAUCCACCUCUCAUGACAGCCCUAAGACUGGUCAUCUUGACUUCAAGAAAAAUCAACCACAAACUGCAGAUUCAUCAGCCACAAGUUUUAUAUCAGAAUCUUUCUUUGGCGCGUCUGUAUUCACCCAAUCUGACUCUGCUUCUGACUCUGUUUCCCUGUCAUCAGUUGAUAUCCCUAGAAAAGAAUCAGUGUCGUCAUCAUCAUCUGAAGCUACAUCCUUUGACACUAGAAGCUUAGAUCUAAAAGCAGGCCAUUCUGUCUCAACACCACCAACUGGGCGUGGAGGGUUUACAAGCCCAGAAGGGGCUGUCAGUCAUGCAAGCCCAGAAACAGGAACCAUUCUUGAAGAAGAUCCUAACUAUGAAACUAUACCAUCUACAAAUUAUGAAACCAUUCCAAGUAUACCUAGAAAUGAGACAAAAGAUGCUGCUAAAGCGGAAUUCAAGGGGUUUAGUUUUAAGGAAUCAUGCUCUACUGUAGAGCCGUUUCCUCGGAGUGAUAGCUUGAAUGAUCCAACAGUAUCCAAAAACUCGGCAGUCCAAGAGAAACAGCUUUCAGCAGGAGCUUUUGGUGAUGAUGACUUGUUCAAAUGCUUUGGAGACAAUACUUUUGAUGAAAUGGCAUUAGCAAACUCCAACAAUAAUUUUCCAAUAAAUGACCCUUUUGCACCUACGACAGUAACAACAACACAGGAAUCCCAAUCACAGGCUGCUGAUGCUUUCUCUGGUGAUCCAUUUGAAGCAGCAUUUGGACCAGGACAGAUGUCUCCUGUGCCUUUUGGGCCAAGUAAACAGCCAGAUAUUGUCGAUUCUAGUGUAGGGGAUAGCUCUGGAGACAUGUUCCAAGAGCCAGCAAUGGAUAAAUCCUGUGAUCAUUUUGAGGCAGCUUUUGGUUCGGCUGAAAUUUCUUCCCCUCCUUUUAAGACAGAAAAUAUUGAAAAGAAAGAAGAAAAAGAUUUGGGUGACACAGAAUGGGUUAGUACUUUUGACAAUGGAAAAAAUGGCAUUGAUGUAGAAGACAAGAAAUCUGAGAAGAGCAAAGAAUCCAAAGUGGAAUUUCAAUGGGGCUUUGAUAGUGUGGAUGAAAAAGAGCCACAUUUGACUUCAACAACAGAUGUCAAGAAUGAAGUCACCUGGAGUACAGCUUUUGAUGAUAAAAAACCCCAUGGUGAAGUAAGUUUUUCCUGGGACGAUGCUUUUGGGGCACCUGUUGAUUCAAACGAUGGAGAAACUAAAAAUUAUUUUGAAGGGGUCUCUUUCGGAGAUGCUUUUGCAUCAACUCCAUUUACUAAGGAGUCUAGUUCCAAAAAUGAACCCUUCUUUCCUGAAGAUUCUUUCAGUAAUUUUGGAACUGUUGCAAUAAAACCAGAUGAUCAGGAGCCACAAAAGUCACAAGUCGUAGAUUCAAAAGAUGAGGUAUCCGAGAAAGACACUAAAGAGCAUAAUAAAGAAAGUGAUUCUGAAGAAACUCAGUCACAAGAUACCAACAAUAAAGAAAAUGAAAACAAACCGUCCCUUGCAGAUGAUGAAGGUUUAUCAAGUUCAUCUGAUAAAGAAAAUGACAGUGAAAGUGACAAAGUGACCAUACCAAAAGUAGUUGAACCAGUCAGUGAAGACCAAGUUGAUGAUACAACAUCCGAGGAGUUGACCAGGCCAACCUCAAUACCAUUUCACCCAACAAAACCCAAACAACAUGAAGUCACUUCUCCAAAUGCACCGCCACCCCUACCCCCAAGAUUCAAGGCAGCACUUCCAGUACUCCCACCCCGCCCAAGAACCUCUUCGAGUCCAUUGUCUAGUCAAAUUCCACCAACACCUCCAAGACCUGCAGGGUUGUCGGGGAGAGAUUCCCCUGUCUCAAAAGGCAAGCGCCUGCCUCCUGCUUUACCUCCGAGAAUCGACUUGGAAAUGGAAAAGACUCAAACACAUGUAAACCCCCCUGUUCCACUUAGUAUUACAGGGUUUAAUCCUGAUGCUUUUAGCUCCCCAAAAAAUGAGGGGACUUCAAGUUCUUGGCAAGCAAAUUGGGAAAAUGAAACUUCUAAAGAAAACAAAGAUAAAGAUAACGUAACUAACUCUAAGACUUCGCCAGAUCCGUUUGGUGAUGACUUUUUUACAGACUUUAAUCUUAGUGCCGCAAAGGAUACAAGUAGCAAACCUAACGAAGCUACUCUGAACAAUCAGGAUUUUUUCGCUGACCCUUUUUUAGCAAAAGAGAGCAAGAAUGACUUGUUUGUAGCAGAUUUUGGAGGAGAAGACCCUUUUGCUGAUUUCUCCUCAAACAAUGAAGGAAAAAAGAUUGACCUGUUCAAGUCAGAUGAAGGUAGUGUGUUCUCCCAGUUCUCCACCAUUAAAGAUCCUUUUAGUGAUGAUAAUGAUCCAUUUGCUGAGAAAAUGUCUGUUAAUGAUGACCCUUUUGGCUCAAACAUCAAGAAAGACGAACCAGAAAGCAUGUCUUUCCAUUUAAAGGAUUCCUCAGAUGCAGACUUUACAGAUUCAUUUGCGUAGAACUUAGAAUAGAAAAAAGAUAUAUUCUUUAUGGUUUAAGGAAAAGUUGACCAAUAAUAAAUAGAGGAUAUUACAUGGGCGCGCGGAGAUACGAAAUUUAUCUUCAAGUGUUGAAAAGAUCUCUCACGAGUGAGCGUAGAAAGAGUGAGAGAUUUUCAACACG